AUGGCCAAGAAUCGAAAGGACCCGAAAUCCAUCAAGCUUCGCCAGCCAGACCGCUCCGCGCCCACCGAAAAGACGCUGCUGCAGAUCGCAUCCGAAAGAUCGCUCUUCGAACAGGCCGCACGGCGCGAGAAGCAGCUUGCGGGGAAAGACGAGGACGAGGACGACAAGGACGAGAGCGCAAAGCUGUCGCCUGGGGCGGAGCGGUUUCUCGAGGCGAUGCUGUACACGACGACGCUGGCGAUGCUGCACUUGACGUUUGACGUCUUGGUGAUGAAGCAGUAUGCCGCUGAGAUUAAAUGGAAACGAAUCAUUACCAAUGCGGGCCGGAUGUGGAUGGUCUUCUUCUUCCUCUUCUACUCGCUGCAUCCCGCCCAGCCAAACCAGGUCCUCAUCCCUGGCCUGCCGCGCCGCUUCCAAAGGACCCUCCGCCAGAUGCUCUUCUUCGCCAUGAGCUGCGUCUCCGGGUGCGCCCUCGUCUACAUCACAAACUCAAAGGGUUACCUGUAUAACAUGAAGCGCGCGCCGCCGCUGGGAUGUCUGUGGCUGUGGGCCGUCGUCGAGCUGGACCUGCUGUGGGCGGUGCCGAGUCUUUUGGUGACGGCGGCGUAUGUCUGGGUGAACGGAUACUCGAUCAAAUAA